AUGUUUUCAGGAGGUUUCAAAGGAUUUAGUGGUUUUCCUUUUGGAGGAGCAGAAGAAGAAAAUUCUACUUCUUAACCAUAAAAUGUUGAUAAUAAAUCAUUAUAUGAAUUAUUGGGAGUUCAACCAGGUGCCACAACAGAUGAAGUUAAGAAAGCUUUUAGAAAAAAAGCAGUACGAGAACAUCCAGAUAAAGGAGGAGAUCCUGAAAAGGUAUUUAUACCAAAAUUAAUAAUAAGUUUAAAAAAUUAACAGAAGCAUAUGAAAUACUAUCAAAUCCUGAGAAAAAGGAUCUUUAUGAUAGAUUUGGAAUGGAAGGAGUGAAGAAUGGUGGAGGAGGUGGAGAUAUGUCAGAUAUAUUUAGUCAUUUUUUUGGAGGAGGUCGUAAAGAAUCAGGUCCUAAAAAAAUGAAAGCUAAAUUAAGAGAAUUAGAAGUGACUUUAGAAGAUGUUUAUGAAGGAAAGAUCAUUCAUCUUAAACAUCAGAGAAAGAGAGUAUGUGAAGGAUGUGAUGGAAAGGGAGGAGCUAACUCAAAAUAAUGUUCAACUUGUAAAGGAAAAGGAGUUGUUUAAAAAUUAACAAUGUUAGGUCCAGGAAUGUAUUCUUAAUCAAGUGGACCUUGUUCAGAUUGCAGAGGUGAGGGUACCAUAUUUUCAGAGAAGGAUAGAUGCAAGAAAUGUCAUGGAAAUAAAGUUAUUGAUGUAGAAAAGAUAGUUGAGAUUCCUUUAGAGAAAGGUGUACCAGAAGAACAUGACUAUUAAUUUUAUGGAGAAUCAGAUGAAUAUCCUGGAGUGAUGGCUGGAGAUUUAUAUAUAAGAAUUAGAAUAAAGAAACAUCCUAUGUAUGAAAGAAGAGGAGCAGAUUUAUAUACAAAUAAAAAGAUUACAUUAUUAGAGGCUUUAACGGGUUGUUAAUUUACACUUAAAUUCUUAGAUGGAUCUUAUCUUAAUAUAUCAACUAAACCAGGAGAAGUUAUAUCACCAAGUAUUAUAUUUCUUAUAAUAUUUUAUAGAUAGUUUUAGAACUAUCAAACAUAAAGGUAUGCCAUUCUAUAAAGAUGCUAUGUAAGAAGGAGAUCUUCAUAUUUAAUUUGAAAUUGAAAUGCCUACUGAAUUAAAAUAAGAAUAAAUUAAUGUUCUCAAAAAUGUAUUUAUUAUCAAAAUAUAUUAAGAUUUUACCUAAACCUUCAGAAAGUAAAGUAAAAUUUGAUCCUAAUAAACGAAUAUAUUUAGAAGAAUAUGAUGUUAAUAAUCUUAAUUCAAAUCCAGAAGGAGGUAAACGAGAUGAUGAUGAAGAAGAAAGUUAACCAAGAGGACAAAGAGUUCAGUGUGCUUAAUAAUGA